AUGGCAACAAGUAUAUUACAACCAAAGACAACAGAUGUUGAUAUUAGGAAACAUGCACAACCAAACCUUUACUGCUCAUUCCCAAACCUUGACAUUGUAAACGUGGCUCAGAUCGAGUCAAUGUGUCUAUCCCGUCUCUCAUUGCUCAAGGCUAUUGCAACAUUUAAACAUCAGAAGGAGACAUAUAAUCAGAAUGUUGGAUUGAUAUUGAGAUCAUUCAUUGAUAGGGAUGAGGAACUUUAUCAGUAUAAGGAUGAGGCAUCACACUUUUUGCUUAGGAUGGCAAUGGCAGAGUCAGUGGAUCACGACUGGUUCAUACAACAAGAGUCCAACCUACUUCGCUAUCGUCUUGAACAUGCCGAACCCGUCCAACUACAACAGUUCAUGGAAAAGUACUCCAACUUUGGCUGGCGAACCAUCACCGAAGAGGAAUACCUCUUAUACUCUGACGAAUUUAAAUACCUCGUCAAGUUAUCCGAAUCAAAGAAAGGUGCCAUAAAGAGCGACAAUGUGUCUGGAUCAAGACAGGACUUUUUAAAGAUGCCCAUGCAAGAGGUGCCAAGAUUGAUCUCGACAAAGAGAGUGAUAUUGAAGAGGGGCAUCGCUUACUUGCAUUGGAGCGACAUGAACGAAGUGAUCAAUGAUAUUUAUGGAGAGUACCUCAAGUUUGCAAUGAGCAAGAUUAGGGAGGACGGAAACCGUCUGACCGAGCAGUAUCCCCAGGUGUCAGAGUUCUUCCACUCGCUGCCACCUCAGAGCACGACGGUCAUCUCGACGACCAAGGGCAAGAUCAACAUCGAGGACAUCCAGCCACUGUCCAGACAGUCGUUCCCCAUGUGCAUGCGUGUCAUGUACGACAGCCUGCAUCGACAUGGCAAGCUCAAGCACGAGGGCCGUCUGGAGUUCAGCACCUUCCUCAAGGGCAUUGGCCUGUCGUAUGAGCACGCCGACAAGUACUGGAGGAGCGCAUUCAGGGGCACCAAGGCAGCAGACUUUGACAAGGAGUACAGCUACACACUGCGCCACACCUACGGACUUGAGGGCAAGGGUAUAUCCUACUCACCAUACAGCUGUGCCAAGAUUAUUGAUAAAGUUCCAAAGGCCAGCGACGAAGUACAUGGAUGUCCAUACCUCUGGAAGGCUGACAAACUAGAACAAAAGCUUCGAGAGAUGGAUGUUGACGAGAUAACAAUCCUGGACAUUGUUAAAUCAGCCGAAGUAUCUCCAAAUUUGUCUUGUGGCAAGCACUUUGCACAUCUACACAAGGACAGUAGAGUGAACCUUCCAAACAUUAUACAUCCAAAUCAAUUCUAUGAAGCCUCAAGAGAGUACUACAAGUUGAAAGAAGAGUUAGAGAAGAAGCAACAACAAGACAAUAUUACAUCAGAUGCCAUGAUACAAUAA